UUGCUACCACGGCUGCAUCAGCUCCUCCGACCGCUUCGGUGAUAUUAUGAUCUGUUCUCGCUGCUGCUUGGACAAUCGAGAGGCUGACGACGCAGCAGCAGCAGCAGCAGCAGCAGCAGAAGCGCAUCACACGCUCGAACCCGUGAUCGUGCGUAUCGUCGCCGCCGCCGCCACCGCUUCUUGAUAAUAAUUAAUACAUCGUACAAUUAUGCGACGAGGUAUCGUCAUCGCAAUCGACGCGAUCGCCUGAGAGUGCGUGUGAUAUACUUCUGGGGAUUUAUUUGGGAAAAAAGACAAAAAAAAUGGGCAGAUUCAAGAUCAACCGGCAGCAGUUGCCCGUCAAGGCGCAUUACUUCUUUUUCAUGGCAGCCAUGGGCCCGAUCCUGCCCUUCCUGCAGGUCUACGGCAAGCAGAUGGGCGUCUCGGCCCUCGUGAUGGGCUGCAUCAACGCCGUGCUGCCGCUGCUCUAUCUGCUCGCCAAGCCGUUCAGCGGCUACCUCGUGGAUCGUUUUCGCGGCUGGCGCAAGCACAUAUUCAUGGGACUGUUGGCCGCGACCAGUGGCUGCUUCGUCUUGAUGUAUCUGCUGCCGCCGUUGAGAGGGCCCGUACUACCCGAGAGCGGAGUUUUCAGCAACGAGAACUGCCUCGACGUCACGUCCUGCACGGCUAUGAAUCUCACGGUGACGAACUCGUGCUCGGACGACGGACGUCGCUCGUCCUGCAGCUGGAACUGCAGCCAGGCCGGGGUCUUCAACGCCUCGAUGUACUUCAGCGCCACGGUCGAGGCCAACAUCUCGCACACCACGUCGUGCUUCGUCGAUCAGGAUUAUCCGGGGGUGCGCUGCUGGGCCAACGACAGCUGCUCGAUACGCUGCGACGACUCGGCCUACGAGUCCGAGUGCGUCUACAGCUCGCCCACCUUCCUCGGUUUCGUCGUGCUCAUGAGCUUCGGCCUGAUCGGCUACAACGUCUGCAACAGCAUCAGCGACGCCGUCUGCUUCGACGUGCUCGGCGAGGGCGGCCAGAUGAGCUUCGGCCGGCAGCGAGUCUGGGGCUCGAUCGGUUUCGGCAUCGCCGCCCUCAUGGCCGGCUACAGCGUCGAUCUCUGGGCCACCAGCAACACCGUCAAGUCGUACACGCCCGCCUUCGCGCUGGUCUUCGGCUUCGCCUGCGUCGAUCUCGUCUGCUGCUUGAAUCGUCUGCACCUGCCGAUAAUGUCGUCCACGGACAGCAUCGUCAAGGACGUCUGGGAGCUGGUGAAGAUCAAGCCCAUCUCCAUCUUCCUGUCGUUCGCCACCGUCGUGGGCAUCCUCGACAGCUUCGUCAUCUUCUUCCUGUUCUGGUACAUGGAGGAUCUGGCCAAGAGCACGGGCUACACGCACUACAUCAAGCUCAUCGAGGGCGUGACGGUGUUCGCCGAGACCCUCGGCGGCGAGAUCAUCUUCUUCUCGCUCUCGGGCAAGAUCCUCAAGAAGAUCGGCUACGGCUACAGCUUCGUCUGCUGUUUCGCCGCGUACGCGCUGCGACUGCUGCUGAUCUCGGUGGCGCCGCAGCCCUGGUGGAUCGCCUUCUUCGAGCUGUUCAUGCAGGGCCCGACUUACGCUCUGAGCUACACGACGAUAGUGUCGUACGCGUCGGUGGUGGCGCCGCCGGGCACCUCGGCCACGGUGCAGGGCAUCGUCGCGGGCAUCGACGACGGCCUCGGCUUCGCCCUGGGCAGCUUCAUCGGCGGUAUGCUGUACAAGCACUACAGCGGCAUCGUCACCCUGAGGAUAUUCGCGAGUCUCGCCGCGACGGCCUCCAUCGUCUAUUUGAUCACGCAUCUGACCUACCUGAGGCAUCUCAUGCCCGCGACGAAUACUCGAGACAAGACCGAGUGGAAGAGUCCCGAGGAGGCGGCCGAGGUCUGCGUCAGCGCCACGGAGAAGUAAAACAAAAACUUAACGAUAAUAGCUUAGGAACAAAAGGAGGAUGCAUCGAUGCCUUAAUUAAUCAUUAAUUAUUACAUAUAUUUUUUAAACUGUACAUUAAGUAUAAAUAUUUUAAUGUAGAAAUGUCGAGUACGAUGUGAUAAUGUAUAAUUUUUUUUUUUUCAACGCCCGACGAGUGCGUGUGACUAAUGUAAUCGAGAUUCGUUUGUUUUGUAACUCGCGGAGACGCGCGCGAAAAGAGAUAGAUAGUAUAGAUAAGUAGACAGCGGAAGAAAGAGUCGAACAAAUAUUAAAUAAUGUGUACAUGCGUAAUAAUUUUUAUUUUUUUUUUAUUUUUUAAGGAAAUUUUCACAGAGAGAUUUAAUAGCCGAUAAAAAACAACCGACGUUUGCUCGUAUACGAUGCUAUUUUUAUAUAUAUUAUGAUACAAUUGACCAGAUUGAUACACGCUGGAAUGUCUUACGAGUAUAAGAUAAAUAGCCAGAGGUGUCCAUUGUCGUGACACCUCGGCCAAUGGAUUAUUAUUGUAUAUUUUAAAUUAAAAA